AUGGCCCCGCAGCAGGGGCUGACGGGGAUGGAGGGCGUAAGAAACGUCCUCCUCUACCGCGUCGAGAUGGACGGUGACCCUAUUCCGACCAUCCCGGACCGCUUCACACAGGCGUUGCCGGUCAAGUUGCCCGCCAGCCGCCCCAAAUACAGUAUUGACGACACGAGGUAUCACCACGUCGGCAUUCCCGUUUUGCUGCACGAGGCUGGGGCUAGAGUCCUCGAUAGUGCUCAAUAUAAUGUUAAACGACCGGACAUUGAAGGUGAAGAGGAAGCCUCAGCGCUUCCAGUCGUGUUCGGAGUCCCGUACGAGUCCGGCGGCUUUCUCCCAUAUUGGGCUUUGCGAUGCCUGCACAUGGCGCCGGCCAUUUGGCAAUAUCAUGACCCUGCAGGAUAUGAGACCUCGGUGCAGAGGAUCGUCGAGCAGAUGCCUAGUGAAUGCAUCUCUUUCACAAGCGGGCAAGCAAGCAAGCAAGCAAGCAAGCACCUCCACAAGCGCGGGACCAAUUUCAACCUGAACCCCAUCGAGAUCGAGCAGCGCAAACGGGCGUUCCGGAUCGCCUACAUGCUGGACAAGGACCUGUGCCUCCGGUCUGGAAGGCCGCCAGCGCAGGACGACAACUUCAGACCAAAUAUCAUGUCCUUUCUGGAGAUCUGGGCCGCCGUCUACGAUACCGUCUCUGUCAGACCAAAUAUCAUAUCCUUUCUGGAGAUCUGGGCCGCCGUCUGCGAUACCGUCUCUGGCAUCGCAGCAAUUAUUUCCUUGAUUCCCCUUGCCCGGCCCUCCUUUGCCCGCUUGCGGGCAUAUUUUCGCCGUGAGCCGGUUCCGGCUCAAACUCAACAAGAGCCGGAACCGGCUUAUAUUAACCAGACGUCGAGGUAG